CAGCCGUGUGCUAGAUCUAACAAUUUGUCUUUCGUUUUCUUUCGUUUUAUGUGUUAUAAUGAUAAAUAUUACGAUAUUUUACUUCGACAGUAAAUUUUAUAAGGCCAUGUUAUAUUUUCUUAUUUAGAACUGACGAGAAAGUAUGAAUUUAAAUUUCGAAAUUCGAUAAGUUUCGAACUGGUGGCAAAUAAACAUUGUCGAAAAGAGCCUAAAGGAUAUUGAAGACAGUGUAUUGAUGAAAGCUCAGACAAUAAACAAAUGUCGCAACGUUACAUUCCGCGAUAUCAAUUAAAGAAGACUGAUUUUUAGUAGAAUACGGACAUUCCUCUAAUAAUGUUAUAGAAUCGAAUAGAAGUAAAUCAAAAUGUUCAAGUUACUCGGAGGUUUGAGCGUGUACUUUAAGUACCAGCCGGUGAAGACAGACAAUGCCGUCUUCAGAUUGCACAAUGUGUUCACGACGGUGCUGCUGCUGACAUGCUCGGUGAUCAUCACAGCCACCCAAUAUGUCGGACAGCCGAUACAGUGCAUCGUUGGCGGGGGACUUCCAGCAAAUGUCGUGAACACCUUCUGCUGGAUUACUUCGACGUUUACUAUGCCGGACGCCUUCGCGAGAGAGGCAGGCAAGGAGGUGGCGCAUCCGGGCGUCAUGAACGAGUAUGACAGCUCACAAGAGAAAAAAUACUACACGUAUUACCAGUGGGUGUGCUUCGUGCUCUUCUUCCAGGCUAUAAUGUGUUACACACCUAAGUAUUUAUGGGACGCGUUCGAGGGCGGACUUCUGCGUACCAUCGUUAUGGGAUUGAACAUUGGCGUCUGUCAUGCCGAGGAGAAAGAGAAGAAGAAGGAAGUCAUCAUCAACUACCUCAUCAGACACGAAAGGACCCACAAACUGUACGCAUUAAGGUACUGGGGAUGCGAGUUGCUGUGUCUCAUCAAUAUCGUCCUGCAAUUAUGGAUGAUGGACGCCUUCUUCAAUGGCGAGUUCUUCUCAUACGGGACUCGCGUUCUAGGAUACAGUGAGGUGCCACAAGAGGAGAGAUACGAUCCAAUGAUCUACGUAUUCCCGCGCGUCACGAAAUGCACCUUCCACAAGUACGGUGCGUCCGGUACAAUUCAAACGCACGACUCUCUGUGCAUCUUGCCCUUGAACAUCGUCAACGAGAAGACUUACAUAUUCCUCUGGUUCUGGUACAUCAUACUGGCGAUCAUUCUUGUACUGCUCGUUAUAUACAGACUAAUAAUAAUCUUCGUGCCGACGGUGCGGCCGCGCCUGCUGCACGCGCGCGCGCGCACCAUCGCAAUGGAGUCGGCCGUCGUCGUGUCGCAGCGCACCGACGUCGGCGACUGGUGGCUGCUCUACAUGCUCGCCAGGAACAUGGACCCGCUCAUAUACAGAGAGCUAAUCUCCGAGCUGAUUAAGCGAAUGGGGGAGAAAAGCGGUCCCCGUGCGUGACGACCACCUAAAUUUACCGCCAUCGCCAUCGUCGGUGACUGACAAUGUCUUAAAAGUUUGUAUAUAAAGUUUAUUAUUCAAUAUCCAGCUUCAUCCGAAGUAUUAGCUAUACUCUACUAUAAAGAUAACAUGAGCCGAGAGUGUAACGUUACACUUGGAUCAUUUAUGUAUAAAAUAAAGCGACGAGUUCAACGUGUAUUUGUGCACGUUUGGGUGUUUAUGAUAAAAAUAUCAAUUCCUUGUGAAAUUUUACUUAUAAGGCUUCGACAGAAUAAAAGAAAUAUCAUUUUGAAAUGUACCGGCUAUCGGGGUUUAUGAGACGAUAUGUAAUAGAACACUUGGAUCAUUAAAAACCACUGUGAUCCAAUUUCAGAAUUAUUUCUUUUAAUGUAAUGUAUAAGGUUUAGAGGUUGUAACUGAAAAAUCGAAAUGAUAUGAAAUGCAAUAACUUUUUAAAGUUUUUUUUUAUAUUAAUCUACGACAAUAAAAUAACACUAAUACAAUCGUUCUUUAAUAAUUGACAUAAGCGUAACUGUUUUAAUAUUAUUAUGAAAGGAAUAAGUGCCGAAUCUAUUGUCACAUUUGACAGAACACUUGCUAUCCUUUUCAACAUAAUACACGAGAAAGAGAUAGUAACAUAUCUGUCAAGUUGGUUCAGAUAAAAUCGUAAAUACAUAUAAUGUAAUUUUCUUAAUUUCUUAGGUAAUGCAAAUUAUACUUUUCGUUCUUAUUGAUAAUGUUUGAAUGUACUGGUAUUAGAAGCAUCUAUGACGCAUGCGCAAAUUGUUUGGUCAAUUCUAUACAAGUUUGUUUAAAACUAUGUCAUUUGCAUUGAGGUGUUAUCUCUGACGAAAAAAUCAAAAUUACUAAAACCUAUGGAGACAGUUUGAUGUCGAACUUAGCUAAUUGAGCACUAUUUUUUCUUUAUAUUUUAUAACAUUAUGCAUUUAAAAGUUUUAUUUUAUAUUCUUUAUUUAUUACACAGCAAAAUUUAACAGAAGGUGGGCUUAUUAAUGCUUCUGAAUUCUCUACCAGCCGAUCUCAAAACGUAUGAAAGGUUCAUUAUCAUUAUUUAUUAAAAUGAAAUAAAUUCUUCUAAAAUAUCCGAUGGUUAAGUUUCGUCAGAUUUAAAAUUGAAUAUAUUGAACAUUUUUGUUUUCUAUAUUUUAACCUUAUAUCAUGAUUCCAUCAAGACUUAUUUGUCAUGAGAUAAAACAUCACUGCUUCUGCUAACGUUACUAAAUCAUAAUCAAAGCAAUAGUUUAUUUUAUCGUAUUUUGAAUAUAGAAAUUCUAAAUUCAAAUCAAACGUUCCUAGCUAUUUUAAAUCAUACAUUUCAAAUUCAGCCGAUGUAUUGUUUUGAUCGUAUGUAAUAAAGAAUCUUAUUAAUCCUAUAUGUGCUCGUAGCACGAUAUGAAAACCUAAGGCCUUUGAUAUUAUUAGACAUAAGUUAUAUUAAGUAGAAUAUAAGAGAACAUAAGUUAACAUUCACUGCCAUUGUUAAAAUGUUUCCAAUUCGAACAGUAAAUACAUCUUAAGAUAUGCCUUAAAUAAAUAUUAUUUUCAAUAAAAUAAACCCACGACGUUGAUAAUGAAAGUGUACUGUACACAUAAAAAAUUUCAAAUAGAAAUGUCUGAAUUAAUAAAUAAUUUAAAUUAAAAAUAUGUGUCGAUAAUUACCAUUUGUCAAUAUAACGUUUAAGAAAUUGUCAUGCUAUCGUUACAUUGUGGGUAAAUUUUAUUACUUGGGAAGCAUUCUUACACUACGCUGUAGGUAUGUAUUUUAUACCUAACGAGACUUGCCUCGAUCCUACACUCCACGUAAUGUACACGUAAUACUUGUACGUAGUGUAUAAAUAACAUAAUCUACUGGUGGUAGGGCUUUGUGCAAGCCCGUCUGGGUAGGUACCACCCACUCAUCAGAUAUUCUACCGCAAAACAGCAAUACUUGAUAUUGUUGUGUUCCGGUUUGAAGGGUGAGUGAGCCAGUGUAAUUACAGGCACAAGGGACAUAAAAUCUUAGUUCCCAAGGUUGGUGGCGCAUUGGCUAUAAGCGAUGGUUGACAUUUCUUACAAUGCCAAUGUCUAAGGGCGUUUGGUGACCACUUACCAUCAGGUGGCCCAUAUGCUCGUCCUCCUUCCUAUUCUAUAUAAUAUAUAUA